ACAAAUGUCUAAUGUAGGUAUUAUCAAUAUACCCCUUCCAGAGAUAAAUGGUAAAGGCAAUACAAUUUUGGCACUUUUCUUCCGCCAUCUACCUCGAACCACUGCUUGAGUGUUGAGUGUUCACUUUCCUUUGGUUGGUUUGGUUGGUAGGCUUUGUAGUGGGUAUUUUUUGGUACUUGGUGUGGUCUCUGUUCGAUUCGGAGGAUCAUGGAAGGUAACAGUUAGGAGGCGGCUGGAAGACAAGCCUUGAUUCAUCUUAAUCGGAGCAUGGCGGAGGCCCCCGCCCCCAUGGACUUCCACGCCAAGUUAGUGGAGAAACUAGAGGCCCCCACGGAGUCCUUGAAUCUCCUGCAUCUGGUGGUCCAGAACUGGAUCAUCUUUCAGCGAAACACCUUCGAUUUUCUAGACGAAGACGGCGAUCCCUACAUUAGUCAAGUCUUCCUGAUCGAGAUCUCAACCGGACGAUACAUCCACCGGGCUCAAGGGCAGAAGGUGGAUUUUGGCACCACCCAAGAUCUGGACCUACUCGAAUGCAAACUGACCGAGGUGUUCCGUGGGACCAAGCCUUGUCAAGGCUUUCCCAUCCGGGAUGUGGCGGAUCAGGCCAAGACCACUCGGGUCUUGGACUAUCCGUACAAACGGAGAGUAUCCAAGAGCUGCCAGUUUCUGUUUCCAACGGCUCCCGUGAAAUUGGAGGAGCAAUCCGAGCCCAACGAGCCUAACCCGACUCAACUUCCGAUAUGCCAGCCUUGCUUUGUGGCUUGGGAAGAGAUCGUGGCCAAAAGGGUGAAGUUUGAUAGCGAUUCAUAUGCCUUGGAGACGGGGGUGGACUUUGAAGGCCAGAUGAAUCCGGCUCUGAAACUAGAUACGGACUUUGUGGUAGAUGAUGAGGAUGAUGAGGAAGAUGAAGACUACGAAGAAGAUGGAUUAGCCAGUGACGAGUCCAUGGACUAUGACAAUUAUGAGGAAGAGCAAGAUAACCAAGAUCUGUGGUCACUGAAACAGAAAGAGAGCAAAAAGAGCAAUGGCAAGAAGAAGAGGAAAUCGGCCGAGAAGAAGGUCAAGAAGGAGCAAAAAUUAAGAGAUUUCGGCAAAAUCUUCAAGUGCAGCCAUUGUUCCGAGACCUUCACAUCGCGUCCCAUGUUGAUUAAACAUCAACGGGAGAGGAAACGCAAGCGACGCAACCAGCGAAAAGUGGGUUGCAUAGAAUGUAAUAACAGCGAUAUCGUCACGUUUAAACAGUUGGUGGAGCAUGCCCUCAAAGCGCAUCCGGAGAAGGUCGAAGAAUUUCAGAGAUAUCUGCCCGAUGAAAAUACCGUCGAGAAGAUGAAGGACCCGUUGAAGUGCUCAAUAUGUGACCUGAUCAGUAAUGGGAGUGUUAUGAACUUCCGCCAUCGAGAUAUCUACCACGAUCUGGGUGAUUACAAGUGCGACGAGUGUCAUGAGCCUUGUCUGACCUACUACGACCUCAUGGUCCAUAAUUAUCAGAAGCAUGCCAAGCCCACUGCCCAUGUGUCGCCCAGCUCAUUCGCCUUAGAGGCCAUCACGCAUCCAGAUGGCAGAAUUGAGUAUAAAAAGUCCAAACUCAUGUGUCAAUUGUGCCUGAAAGCGUACAAAAAAGAUUUCGGCCUUUUGGUCCACAUGCGGACCAAGCAUUCUUGGGGCAUGUUUGACUGUCAGCCUUGCGGAGAGUCCUGCCAUUACUCUCGAGAUAUCUCCGCUCACAUGGUCAACUUCCAUAGCGAUAACCCCGAAAUCAAGUGCCCGAAUUGCUUGGAGGUGUUCAAUCUCAAAGACAAUCCGUUCGUGUUCAACGAUCAUUACCAAACCUGUCUCCCAGGAACCUAUCAGAAAGGCUCGUUUCAGUGUCAGUAUUGCGGGAAAGAGUACGCCGUCAAACAAACUUUGGAUGCCCACAUCAAGAUGCACCAAGGCAUCAUUCGUUACAAGUGUAGUUAUUGUGAAUAUGGAUCCAAUCACAAGGCCGUGUUAAUGGACCAUGAAAAGAUGCACCUGCGAAAGCAAGGACUGACCAAUGAAAGCUCAGGUCUGAUCCUCACUCAUCAAUGCGAUCAGUGUGGCAAGCAAUUUGCCAAAAGAAGUCAAAUCAACCGACAUGUUCGAGUGGUCCAUGAAGGCAUCAAGCCCACAUAUCCGUGCAAAGAGUGUGGCGAGUUUUUCAAACACUUUGUCGCGCUAUACAAACAUAAGAGGGAAAAGCAUGGCUUCAUCUCAAAAAACCAAAAGACAUAA